GUUGGCUGUGGUUUGGAGGUGCCGGGAGCAGGAAGCUCCUCGCAGGCAGCCACCACCUCCCUGCUGCGCCCCGCAGCCGGCAGAGGCCUCGCGCUUCCCCCGGCCCCGGCACUUCCUCCCCGGGUGCUUCCGCCCGCAGCGCCCCGGGCGCGGCACCGGUGCUGGCCAUGGGCAGGGGCUGAUGGCGGCCAUGUCCCGGCACAAGGCGAGGCGCAAGGGCGGUGCCCGCGAGCGGGUCUUCGGCUGCGACCUCCUGCAGCUGCUGCAGCGCUCGGGGCAGGAGGUGCCGCAGGUGCUGAGGAGCUGCACCGAGUUCGUGGAGCAGCACGGGGUGGUGGAUGGGAUCUACCGGCUCUCCGGGGUGUCCUCCAACAUCCAGCGGCUGCGGCAGGAGUUCGAGAGCGAGCGCUGCCCGGACCUGCGCAGGGACAUUUACCUGCAGGACAUCCACUGCGUGAGCUCCCUGUGCAAAGCCUAUUGCCGGGAGCUGCCCAACCCGCUGCUCACCUACCAGCUCUACCACAAGUUCGCUGAUGCGGUGGGCACCCAGCUGGAGGGAGCUCGCUUGGUGAAGAUCAAGGAGGUGCUGAAGGAGCUGCCCGCACCCCAUUAUAGGACCCUGGAGUUCCUGAUGCGGCACCUCCUGCGCAUGGCAGCGCACAGCACCCGCACCAACAUGCACGCCAGGAACCUGGCCAUCGUGUGGGCCCCCAACCUGCUGCGGUCCAAGGAGAUCGAAGCGUCGGGGUUCAACGGCACCGCGGCGUUCAUGGAGGUGCGCGUCCAGUCCAUUGUGGUGGAGUUCAUCCUGACCCACGUGGAGCAGCUCUUUGGGGAUGCUCCCCUCCAGGCAGCAGCCGAGAGCCCCCAGCGGUCCCUGCUGCUGGCCGGGGGGGGGCAGCCGCCACCGUACCAUGUGCCGGCGGCGCUGAGCCAGGGCGAUGGCCCCCCCCCGAUCCGGCCCUACCACACCAUCAUCGAGCUGAGCGAGCACAGGAGGAAGGGCUCCCUCAAGGCCAGGAACUGGAGAUCCAUUUUCCACCUGGGCCGCUCCAGCCACGAGCCCAAGCGCAAGGUGAAGGCGCCGCAGGAGCGAGAGGCCAAGGGCGGCGCGAGGAGCCUGCGGCCGGCCAAGAGCAUGGACUCGCUCAGCGCCGUGCCCCCCGGCAGCGAUGGCGCAGGGGACCCUUGUCCGGAGGAGCCGCCCCCGGGGAAGCCGCCGCAGCGCCGGGAGAGCUUCGAUGCGUGCCCGGUGCCCCCGGGGCGCUGCCGGGAGCCGGGCGAGGGCCGGGAGGAGCCCCCGGAGCAGGCGCAGGGCGAGGGCAGCGCCCGCUCGGAGCCCAGCACCCCCCGGGCCGGGCGCAGCCGAGCCCAGAGGGGAGCCGAGCUCCACAUCUCGGUGCCUUUGUCCGUCACCGUCCCCCUGCGCAUCGCAGCCAACCUGGCCCGGCUGCCCCGGGCGCUGCCCUGCCCCGAUGCCGGCGGGGAGGCUCCAGAGCCGGGGCCCCCGUCCCCCGCGGCCCGGAGCCGCCUCUCCAUGGAGCUCCGGGAUUCCUUCGCCUUCCUGGAUAGCCCCGAGCCCUGGCUGGAGGGAGCCGGGGAGGGGGAGCUGGCGCCGGGCACGGCCGGGGAGGGAGAGGGGAUGGCAGGAACCGAGGACGGGAUGGAGAGCGGGUGCAUGAACGUGAGCGGCCAGCGGAGGGCUCGGGAGGACAUGGAUGGGAUGGACACAGUGGGGAUAGAGGUGUGA